GGAGACGUCAGCAGUCCCCGCCUUAUAUCAUAAGAAUCAAUCGUUUUUCUUUAUGUUUGCUCCCUUAAAUCAGAAUUAAUGAUCGGAGGCGUUAUCUGACGGCCAGAGGACACGCAGCAGUCGGGGGCACCACACAUCUGCAGAACUCGGACUGGAAUAGAAACUCUCAUCAGUGCAUGAGAGUAAUGUAAUAGUUAUCCUGAUAAUUUCACUGGAAACAGUCCCAGAGGUUUGAAGAAUGCGUCACACCUCAGCCUGGGUUGGCUGGGCGCUGUGUUUGUGCACAUAUGUGGCGGCAAGCGUUCAGGACCACCAAGAGGUGGACGAGAUGAUCCUGGAUCUGAUCCGCGAGGACGGGACUCAACCUGAACCCGGAGCGGCGCCCGCUGCUGAGUUCCUCAAGUGCAACAAGGCAGCGUGGCGCAUGCAUGGGCAGUACCUGGUCGUGCUGCGUCAUGGCACGCAUGGCUCUCACGUGCAAAGGACCAUCAGGAGACUGAGAGUCAAAGCUGCCCGGACAGGUCACCUGCUGGAGAUCCUGCACACAUACUCUGCAGCUCUGCACGGCUUCCUGGUGAAGAUGAACAGUGACGUCCUUCACCUGGCGUUGAAGCUCCCUCAGGUUCACUACAUAGAGGAGGACUCAUCCAUCUUUGCUCAGAGCGCCCCCUGGAACCUGCAGAGGUUAAUGCAGCCUCACGGCGGCUCCUCUGAAAACGCAUCAUACAGGCCACCCAACAAUGGGGGGAUGGCGGAGGUCUUCCUGUUGGACGGCAGUGUUCAGAGUUCUCACAGGGAGAUUGAGGGACGGGUGUUCAUCACAGACUUCAACAAUGUCCCUGAGGAGGAUGGAGUCAGAGUUCAUAGACAGGCCAGUCAGUGUGACAGUCACGGCACGCACAUUGCAGGGGUUGUGUCUGGGUCGGACUCUGGUGUUGCUCGAGGGGCCGGUGUUAAACUGGUCCAUGUGCUAAACUGUCAAGGGAAAGGGGCCGUGUCUGGAGCUCUGGCAGGUAUAGAGUAUAUCCAAGCAACUCUACAGGCCCGCCCAAUGGAUGCUGUGGUUGUGUUGCUGCCUUUCAUUGGUGGUUUCAGCCGUUCAUUAAACGCAGCCUGUCGGGAAAUGGUGGCUAAAGGAGCUGUGGUCAUAGCCGCUGCAGGGAACUACAGAGAUGAUGCCUGUCUCUACUCACCUGCUUCAGAGCCUGAGGUCAUCACAGUAGGGGCAGUAAACUCAGUGGACCAGCUCAUGUCACAGGGAGCGGGUGGCACCAGCUUCGGCCGCUGCGUCGAUCUGUUUGCACCCGGCGACGACAUCGUCAGUGCCAGUAGUGACUGCAGUACCUGUUUUACAUCCCAGAGUGGAACCUCCCAGGCUGCUGCACAUGCUGCUGGUAUAGCAGCUGUGAUCCUGUCGUCCAAUCAGAAGGUGUCGCCAGUGCAAGUCCUGCAGAUGAUGAUGCAUUAUUCUAUCAGCAACACAAUCAACUUCCUCUCUCUGUCUGACACACAUCGUCUCAAUACUCCAAAUCUGGUAGCAGCUAUUCCUCCUGCCAACAGUGCAAAUGAGGAGCUUCUGUGUCGGUCAGUGUGGUCAGAGAGGUCAGAGGUCACGAGCACUGACAAGGCUAUCAGUCGCUGUCGUCUGGGGGAGGAAAUGAUGAGCUGCAGAAGCUACAACCCUGAUGGUGUCCAUGUUGGAGAAACCAUCUCUGAGAGCAGCGGGCAGAUGGAGUGUGUUGCCUUUAACGCUCUGGGGGGUGAAGGUGUGUAUGCUGUGGCGCGUUGCUGUGUGAUCGGCGGCCUGCGGUGUCAGGUCCAUGUCAGCUCUGAACCCGGACGAGAUGCUGAGUGUGUUGGGGUGCAGCACCAUCUCACCGGCUGCACAUCAGGGUCCGCUGCUGAGAUCUCGCCUGACUCUCGUCCACAUCACAGUGAUCGGAGGCGUUGUGUUGUGAGCGACGGGGCGACAUCUCAUGCUGUUUGCUGCCAGGCUCCAUCUCUGGAGUGCCACCUGUUGGAAAAGACAUCAGCUGAUACAGAUCAGGUGGAGGUGUCCUGUCCCUCCGGGUGGACUCUGACCGACUGUAGCGCCGUCUCUCCAGGCUCUGUCGUCUUAACACCAGGUGCCAAGGGCAACAGUUGCAGUGUCCGCAGUGUAUCAGGAGCUGACGGGGCCGCUGGCGUCGCUGUCUGCUGCCGCGUCAGACCACCAGAGCAGAGCCAGGCUGCACCUCCUCCUGGAUCCGGCCUCACUCCACUUUGAGGUCCAUCAGCUUUUAUAUUUCUGUAAUGUUGACUGAAAGAAACACACACUCCACUUGCUUUGUCUUCUGUGUGGUGCAGGGAAUAAUUCCCAUGGGGAUCUCAUUUUAAACAAAAAGUCAAUUCCAGGAAACACUUAUCACUUGUGCAUUGAUUUACUUAAAAAUAGUUGAAAGUUCAGAAAUGAUUUAAGACUGAAAACCAGAGAGGAUGAUACUGUAAGUGUUUGCAGGCAUUGACUUCUAAUCUAAUCUCUAGUCGUCUCUAUUGAUAUCAUCUAUAUACAUCUUUGAUCAGUUGUCCGACGUUUGUCCUUUUCUCAGUUUUGGAAAUAGGUAAAACACGCUCUAGCACAUAUUGUUCUAUACUUUAGAACCAUCUUGUAUACAGUUUGUAAAAUACAACCAAAAAUAUAAUAUGUCUUAACACAAAAAAACCUGUGGUCAAUUCAAGCAAUAAAUUCCCCCUCGGUUACUACUGUAUACUGAUAUUGAUAACUGAUUGAGCCCCCCCUGGUAGGGCCUACAUGCACCAAGAUGAAUUGCAUGUGGGGUUCUGAGGCACAGGGUCUUCACGGGCCACAUCCUCGGCUUACGUUGCUGUUGACUCAGCCCUGUCUGCGCUGCACUUUUUGGCCAUUCACUCUGGCUUGAAUAAACAUGGCUGAAUAUCCAGGAUUUAUUCAUCUAGACUAGAGCACAUUAACUGGGUUCCCAUAGCUUCUUUGCACAAAACAAUGUCACCGUCACUUCAAAUGACUAUUUGGAUCAGGAAGAGCAUUACAUUUACUCAGCUUUUCCGAUCAAUAAAGCAUGCACUGAGGAGUUUAUAUCUUCAGUCGACUGUAUGUACCAUCAACACUGAUUGGUCUUCCACUGAAGGUGUCAAAUUUUCCCUUUCAGACUUUGGACAGUUACAUGGACUGUGUAAAUGAACUGAAUAAAAGGUAAUACAUCUUCUUUUACCAGAGGAUGAUCAAGUGUAAACACUUUUUACAUCAGACAUUAACAAUUGCCAUCUUAUAUUAAGAGUCCCAGUAAGACAUGACAGUGUGACAGGAAAAGCUGUCUCAUAUUACACUCAUAUUAAAAGACAGUUGACACACGGACGCUCAGCAGUUUAGUCAAAUCACAGCUGAAAUAUCCAUCAGUGCAGCAAACAUGUCACACACGUGAUAGUGUUUACAGUUCUGAGUGUAGGUGAAGAACCAGGCAGCAGCAGCAGGACUGUGGGUAAUAAUCCGCCCCCAUCAGCAGCUUUAAUAAUGAUAUCCAGAUAUCUUCUGCUUUCUCUCUCUGUGUUCCCACAAACAAGUUGUCUUCACCGUAUGCUUGAAUAAAACACAUUUGUCUGUCCUGGGCAUUGAACUGCAUUUAUGUGAAGUCAAUAAAAUAAUAAAGUGAAAAACAUAAUGCCAUUUAAACCAAGCACACUCAUAGGACUUUGAUUUAAACAUGUCAGCAUGGAGAGCACCACAGGGCACUGCACAGCGUGAGUGCAUUGAGGUCUGAUUGGCACAGGAAACGUGGUUUAAUCUUUGCGAGAGUGAUACAAUGCUUCAUGACUUUCGUAUCAGAUUAUUCUCUGACACCACGAGGCUGGGGUUAUUCUUAAAGUGGAGUUCAUCAUUAUCAGCCCAAUAUGACUUUUUCACAGCAGCUUAUUUGAGUUAUGAUUAAGGAAAAAGCACAGGUGUACGAAUGACCGUAGUACUGAUGGCACUGCUCUAUUAAUAACAGACAAGAUUGUGCAACAUGUUAACACUAAGUGGUUAUAAAAAAAUUCAGCAGUAAUUCAUUUAAUCUGUGAUUUUCCUACUGUGACGUCAAGUCUUCAAUAAAAAAGGUCUAUUCAUGUCUGCAGGAUCAAACCAGAUGAGUUGUCGAGUGAAUGCUACAGAAAUCAACAUAAAGUAACAAAAUAACAAACCCUCAAAACCAAGGAGCACCAACAUUUUGUAAUGUGACA